AUGAUUUUCGUGUGCCCAACGUGUGGCAGUGCAAUCACAGGCGCCUGGCGCCACGAUUGCGAGACGCAGACGUUCACCUGCCACGGAGAGUUGUGGAAGCGCCGCUCCAAACUAAAUAAUGGAUUGCCGCAGAGUUAUCAGCAGCAGAAGCAGCAGCAGUGCGUUAUGCCAAUUCUCGUCAUGCCGCCUCAGACACCCCGCGACAGUUCCUACGCGGGGCGAUUUGUCGCCGCACAGGGGUUACCAGCUCGUUCUAGACUUAUGGGCGACGACAAGGGCUUUUAUUUACCCCCGCCGCUGUCACAUAUGUUUCCAACAAUACAGAAGCAACCGACACACAACCCCAAUGAAAAGCCACCGGGAAACAAUGAGGAGAGUCCGGCAGCGCAGAAAGAACCGUUGACUUUUAUUAAACUGCCUCAAACCCGUGAAUUUUUACCUACUUCGAACAUGGAAACCACCAAAGAAGGAAAUACCGGGAAUAUAAGAACAAUCCACCGCAUCCAGUUUGAAGGUGAUGACUGGGAUGCUGUGUUGCCAUGCCGCAAGAAUGAACUCUACAUGGCUUUGAAACUGGACAUAUGCAACUCACUGCCCUUCCCGUCAUCGUUUAGCGUUAAAAUCAUGCGCACGGGGGGCGGUUUUUUUGCCUAUAUCACCAUAACACGCCCAGCUGAGGUUAGCGACGACGAAGUAUGUCGGCACCUCACUGAAUAUCACUUUCCAGAAACUCGACGGUUAUACCAAUCUGCGCAACUGCAACCUAGUGCACAAGUUCUUACUCAGAAUUCCAGCGAAUACAUUCAUUGCCCUAAUACACCAUCUGUUUUUACUCUUCCAGAAGGUUUGAGGCAUGGGCCAUGGGGCGGCAAAGCCAUCAGGAUUAAUGGAGAACCCUAUCAAUGCUCACGAGAAUCACAAACCUCUGUUAAAAAUACGAUUGCAACAUUAAAAGUGGAUGAUUCAUACCUUCUCGAUCCAUCACCGUUACAAAAAAAUGAACCCAUCAUUGAUAAUAAAAGUAAUAAGCGAUCCACUGAAGUGGAAAAAGAAGACUUGGCAGGAAUAGCAAACACCAGUCAAAAAACAUCAUGCAAUUCAGAAAAAGGAGCGGAGAGUUGUCAAAAUGAUUUAGCAAAGUUGAUACCAGCCGAAAAACAUUAUUAUUCAAGCAUUAACAACCUCUCGGCAGGAGAAAAAACAAACAACGCUUCAGUUCUAAUGUACUCAGAAAUUGAGGGGGGCCGCAGCAUGGAGUCGUUGCCUCAGAGUGUUACUGUGGUUCCUCGUAGUGAACGUCCCAUGAGCAGGAAGUCGUUUGAUGUCUCAUUGGUGCACGAGAACGAGAUGGAGGGAGGCCGCAGCAUGGAGUCGUUGCCUCAGAGUGUUACUGUGGUUCCUCGUGGUGAACGUCCCAUGAGCAGGAAGUCGUUUGAUGUCUCAUUGGUGCACGAGAACGAGAUGGAGGGAGGCCGCAGCAUGGAGUCGUUGCCCCAGAGUGUUACUGCGGUUCCUCGUAGUGAACGUCCCAUGAGCAGGAAGUCGUUUGAUGUCUCAUUGGUGCACGAGAACGAGAUGGAGGGAGGCCGCAGCAUGGAGUCGUUGCCUCAGAGUGUUACUGUGGUUCCUCGUGGUGAACGUCCCAUGAGCAGGAAGUCGUUUGAUGUCUCAUUGGUGCACGAGAACGAGAUGGAGGGAGGCCGCAGCAUGGAGUCGUUGCCUCAGAGUGUUACUGUGGUUCCUCGUGGUGAACGUCCCAUGAGCAGGAAGUCGUUUGAUGUCUCAUUGGUGCACGAGAACGAGAUGGAGGGAGGCCGCAGCAUGGAGUCGUUGCCCCAGAGUGUUACUGCGGUUCCUCGUAGUGAACGCCCCAUGAGCAGGAAGUCGUUUGAUGUCUCAUUGGUGCACGAGAACGAGAUGGAGGGAGGCCGCAGCAUGGAGUCGUUGCCCCAGAGUGUUACUGUGGUUCCUCGUGGUGAACGUCCCAUGAGCAGGAAGUCGUUUGAUGUCUCAUUGGUGCACGAGAACGAGAUGGAGGGAGGCCGCAGCAUGGAGUCGUUGCCUCAGAGUGUUACUGUGGUUCCUCGUAGUGAACGUCCCAUGAGCAGGAAGUCGUUUGAUGUCUCAUUGGCGCACGAGAACGAGAUGGAUGAUUGGUGUUUGCCUCCGCGUGGGCAGAAGUGGCGUAGUUUAUUAGAUAAGGAUGUUUUUCUGCGAAUGGUUGAGAUGGAUGGGUGGUGUUUGCCUCCUCGUCGAUUGUUAGUCUUGGAAGACCGUGAUUUUAGUCAUGUUUGUUUGUCCGAGGAGGUUUGUGUGUGUGAUAAUGGUUUAUCUAGCUUUAGUAAGCCUCCUGUGAUGCCUUGUGGUGAUUCAAUGGUGCCAUGUGCGGUGUCUGUUGGCAAGUCGGGGGUUUUUGAGCCUUCGAUGACGAUGGACCGGAUUUCUUCUUUUGAGGGUGGAGGGGAUGCAACUUCUCCUGUUUUUCAUGGUAUGCAUUGUGAGGCGGCGACUUCUCCGUUGUUUUCUGGUGCUUGUAACCCUGAGGAGCGGUGGUUAGAUGUACUGCCAGCGAGAUCGAUCGACAAAAACCCUUGGAAGUUUUCACAAGAUACGGCGCGAGGCAGGUCGAUUGUGUCUGCGCAGAAAAUUCUUCCGGUAGCGGAGGCCGUUGGUUUGCUGAAGGGAUCGUCAAAUGUGUUGAUGGAAGAAUCGGAGGAGGCGCUGAUGCUAAGUGUAGAGGAGGCGGAUGGACAUUUACUGUCGGAUGGUGACGUGUCAUCGAGACAUUUGGAGCUUACGGAAACAAAGGAUUUGGCGCUUGCACAAGGGGGCAAUGGGCCUCUUGGAGCAUUGAAGGAUCAACAUGUGACAGUGGAGGGGAAUAAAUUGGAGAGACGGAUUCUGCCCACCGGGGCUGAGAACUAUGAAGUGGCGCCAUUAAAAAAGAAUGUUGUUCCGUGGGAUACGCAGGAGAGCUCUUGUGCCUUCGAGGUGUAUGAACUGAGUGCUUCCAACUCUUCGGAGUCUUCAUGUGUUGAAAUUUGGUUGGAAAGAGAGAGUCCGAGGGCGUUUUCGAGGUUGUUGCAACAUCUUGAAGAGGCAGAGAGAGUGAUUCGUAAACCAGUAGAAUUGCUACGAAGGUUGAGGGAUAAUGAGGAUGGUGGCUAUUGUUAUCAGGCUUAG